AGCUGCUCAGAGGCGACCGAUUUUAGGUCAGUGUAGUUGAAUUGAAAUUCCCCCAAACAAAAAUAUUCACUACCCGUGUCUAUGAACUCUAUGGUAUACUCGACAGCCGAGGUGUUUGGUGGAAAAACUUAAAACCGUCCAUUGAUUUUUGGGUUAUUGUGUGAAGUGUAGGAGGUGUGGUAUUUUAAGGAUGAACAUGCGGAACGGAGGAAUUAAAUGCUCAAAACAGACUUUUUUGUAGUGCCUCUUAUUCAAGUUUUUUAUGUGGAAUUGUCCAAGUACCAUUAUAUUAUGAGUAUGUUUUUAUGAAAAUGAGUGUUAGUUUGUACUCCGGCGGACAGUGUGUUUAUUAUUGUUGUUAUCAGUAUAUAAUUAAUUUGUGAAAAUGAGUAGCUGGGCAGCUAGAAUGCAUAGGCGAGCUGCUACCUUCAGCAACGUUGUAACUUCUUGUGGUCACCCCUCAGGACCCUAUCCCAGAAGGUUGGAGAAGGUUAAAUUUGGGGUGCCCCUAGAAGAAGUCUGCAAAAAUGACAUCCCGGGACCACUUUUAGUAUUAAUCCUCAAACUGAAUAAGGAAGCGCCCUACCGCAAGGACGUGUUCAGGGCGCCAGGCAAUCAGGGUGUAAUGAAGAAACUAAUCCACUUCCUGCAGACCGGAAGAUUGGUCAACAUCGAUAACUUCAGCGUGUAUACCAUCGCAAGUGUUCUAAAAAAGUUCCUCAGGAAGAUACCGGGAGGCGUGUUCGGGAGGGAGUUGGAGAACCGAUUGUUCGAGGCCAUAGAGAUGGAGGACCUGCAAAGGCAGCGAGACGAAAUCCACAGGAUAUUGACGUCGUUGCCAGUGUACACUCAGCAUAUACUCGUCCUCCUGUUCGGUACAUUCCGUGUGAUAGCUUCGAACAGCGAGAAACACUGCACAGGGAUGACCAGCGAGGCAUUGGGAGUGAGCGUUGCGCCUAGCUUUUUUCAUUCUUGCGUUCACGACGGCCGAGUGGCCAAGAUGGAGGACGUCAUGAAGUUUAAGAUAGCCUCUAAGAUUGUCAAGCAUCUGAUCGAGGAGUUCGCUACCAGCGAUCUCUUUGGUAGGGAAAACUACGAAUUCUACGCCAGGGUGACCGGAAGGGUUCUGAGGGUGCAAGGGCAGUGGAUCUGUUCUUUCCAGUACCCGCCAGUCAACGUCAAAGAUCCGGUGUUCCCCAACGAGUUCAUUGCCCUCGAGCCUUAUCUGAUUGGCCACUUAUCCCUGGGCAGUGACACAUGGCUGCGUUGUGAUCUAGAGCUUUCGCAAACCGAUUACAGCUUGGAAGCAUUUCGAACCCGAACAUAUCUAAAAUAUUCACUUUUUUCAGGCCAUGCCGGCGUAGAAGAAUGUCAGUCCACUCCAGCUCUACUUGAGGUUACUCAACCUCAAGUUAGUUCGUCUUCCUUAGGAAUAAUUACAGAGCAUUCCCUCCUCGAGUCAUGUACGAGACUUUCAAUUUCCCUGGAGCAAAAUGGUUUAUUCCAGGCUGGCAACAACACCUCCCAUUCGUCUAGUGGCAGCCACAGUUCGCGGACCAGCCAGAAUCAUUCUGGACCCAAAAUGACACUGGACGAACUGAAGGAGGUCAACAAGUACGCGGAAAGUACGAAAAGUUUGACUUAUCUACCCCAAGUACACGAGAGACAGACUGAGAGAAUGAAGACUCGUUCGCAAUGGUUUUUGGCCCCCUCCGUUGACUGUUGCAGUUGCGGAGGAUCGGUCGAUAUGCUCCUUGAAGACAUCGACGUGAAGACAUUGACCAACGCUCUGAUGAGGAGGUCUUCAUCGGGUACAAUAGUUGGAAUUGCAGGUCUCUCUUUGAGCGCCGAAUCUGUACAGAAGCGGCCUAGUAUAAGGAGAUCCAAUUCUAGAGACAAAAGGAGUUACUUACAUAGAUCUACCAGUAGAAGAGCCAAACAGAACGGCUCUAGGUCGAAUAGUUUCAAGAAUCGCGAAAGGAAAAUAUCGAACUCCAAAUCAGGAAGCUUCAAGAUGAAAUACGGCAACAUAUCUAGAUCGUGCAGUCUGAAAAACAAGGCGGAGCUAUGUUCUUGCCCUUCCAACAACAACGAAGUUCCGCCGGUGAACGAGGAACCAAAAUCCACCGUACUACCUACUACUGCCAAAAAAACCACCGAAACCAUUUGUAUAACGCUUACCUACAAGCCUCGAAUCUAGAAAUGGUAACGAAUUUUGUCUGUGUUCAAGAGAACUUCCUAAGGGGCAAACGUAAGCGAUGAAUUUCGAGAACGAAAUGUUUCAAAUUUCAAAAGUUCCCUCAUAUUGAAUAUACAGAGAGAGAGAGUGAAAAGUGACGCACAAAAUUCAUACCUUCAUUACUUACUGUUUUCUUCAAAAGUUGAAGCAGCAAAAAAUCCAAAUUUCAAGGUGAUUUUCAACAGGCUGUGGCUCAAAAAAAAUUUAAGCGUACAGCAAUAAAAAAAUGUCUAGUUUUGGAAUCCCUUUUUUUCCAGUAAUCUUAAGAAAAAGGACGAAUAAAGCUCGUUUAACCUUUCAUUGUCAAUAUCUCAGCAGCCAGUGUUCGCACAGAUUCAAGAUAGGUCUCGUUAACUUGAAUGUAUUCUAUAGAAGGAUAAGCCAUUGAUUGCGUUUUUGUGUCCCACUGGAUUUAAUUUUUGUAAGAAUUGAUUUAUUCAUUUUCCUCUUUUUUUUUCAAAUUCAUCGAGUGAAAAUGUUUUGUUUUUUCUAUCGAUGAAGAUUAUGAGCUUUUCAGAGCUAAAAUCCUGCUCCUCAAUUUUUUUUCAAAAAUUCAAUAGAGUGGAACAAAAAAAAGGGUGGCUGGAUUGAACUGAAUUUUUUUUUUGAGGGGGAAUAUCGAACAGUAAAAGGCACCCUCAACAUUAGUGCUUCCUACGAUAUUUUCGAUGAAGCGCUCGAUUCUCCAAAACACUACGAAAUGCUCUAUUUUCGUGGCUAUUUCAACUUCAUGGAGUGAGUUUUUUUUUUAAUAUGCAUAGAAUUUAUUUAAGUUUCCGAAACCAACCCUUGGGUUUUCUUUUUGAAGGUUACAUCCGGAAACGAGUCACUGAGUUUUGUUUUUUUAAUUGCUGUAUUUUUUCAAGUUAUAGCCUGUUGAAAAUCGCUUGAAAAUUUGACACUUUUUCAUUCCCUAAUUUUCGUGUGAAGUGUAUUUCUUGAAGAAUGCCAAUUCUAACUUUGUGCCAGCAACGUAUACACUUCUUGUUGUCAUUUAUGUUUUUCUUUAUCGAGCCUUUUUUUUAUGUGGAUGAAAUGUUGAAACCUUGCGCGAUUUAAAAUUUUUACAUUUUUCAUGUAUUUUUUGGUCAAUGGCGUACCUACACUCAAGAAGUUAUUACUUUUUUUGAAAUGUUAUCGAAAACAUUCCUUUUUGGUAGAGUUGUUAUUAAUGAAAGAAGAAAAAUCGUAUAAAUCACACAUUCAUAGAUUAACUGAGAUUUUUUUUCGAUAACAAAUUCAAAUACUAUCCUACGGAAGGCAUGUUUUCGAUAACACUUCAACAUAUCAAUCACUCGUAAAAAUGUCAUUGACCGCAAAAUAAGUAGAAAAUUCAAUAAUUUCAACUCUUCUAUUUCUAUAAUAAAAAAGAAUUAAUAGAAACCCAUUAAUGAUCAAUAAUUCAUCCUCAGCAACAAAAGUUCUAUCCAUUUCUGGCUGGAAAAGUUAGUGUUGCCAGUUAAAUAAAAUCAACUACCCUCCAUCCCUCGUGCAUGACAAACAGCUCAAUUAUACAUGGAAAUAUGCGUUAUUUGAAAUAAAUAUUGACUUUUUUUCUACAAAAUAGUAAACACAAAAGAUAUGCAUUUUGGGCGUUUUUUUCUGUAUAUAGAUAAUUCAUUUAAUUCUGUGAUUAUAUUUUUUACAACACAUUUCGUCGGAAUCAUUGAAUUCCUCAAAUGCAUACAACAGUAAAUUUGUAUUUAUUUUUUACAGAUAAUUUCAUGAUGCGCUUCUACAAACUACUUCUGAUAUAAAUUAUUAUUAUUUGAAUUUUGUAGAAUGUCGUCGUAUUUGUUGAACUUGUUAUUUCUUUUAGCUUCUCUUAUUUCGAAUUCUUUAUCCUAAAUAUUCAAAUUGAAUAGUUAAUAUUGGAUCUUAUAGAUCCCUCACGUUUUCAUCGACAUCGAUAUAUUAACCCUUUCGAAUUCUCUUGUACACAUAUAAUUGAUUCAGGAUAGAUAACUUGUUUUCAGUGAACAACAAUUUGGAAUCCCAUGAUACACGUGCAUGUCAGAUAUUUGAAAACGAAACGAAAUUGGGAUAUGAAAAUUGAAUUAAUAAAAACUACGCUUAUUAAAGAUAAUUGAAACUAAAUGAAGUGAUCACAUGCAUUUACCUGACUCGGAUAUUUUGAAUUUAUAUUACUUAUAGAUGUGGGCGAUGUUUGAGAGUUUGAAUCUUGUUAUGUUGUAAAAUUGACAUCACCUAAUUUUGAUUGAGACAUGAAUUUCAACGUUCUUCCCGGUUAUGUAUCUAAUCUGCAAUCAGAAUCAAAUGUUUCUUGAACUGUGACCAAAACUUAUUGACAUUUGAAAGAUUGCGGAUCAUAUGAUGGCAUUUUUUGUGCAAUUCUCAGCAAUAUUGUUCAGAGGGAAUACUUCCAAUAAGUACAAAUAUAUAAUUUAUUUUCUUAGGUAAUAGGUUUAUUGUUCACAAUCGACAUUCCAGAAGAUUAAAUUCUUAUAUCGUUUUGUUUGAAUCAAAAGUAAUUUUAAGUUCAUAUUUAUGACAAUAUAUGUAUUUCAUUUCACGUUCUUACUUGUAAAUAACACCCAUUAUUUUUAUAUGGUAUUUGUAUCAUUAUAUUCAUACAGUAUUGGUUUAUUUGAGUAUUUUGAAUGGAAAGUAUGUCAGUAUUUGUAAUCUUUCUGAAUUUUAUAUGGAAUAUUUCUCUAGAAUGUAAGAGAUGAAUUUUGCUUUGAGCAUUUUUCAACUUCAUAGGUGAGGUUAUCGGGAAUAUUUUCAGAAGUCUUAUUGAAAUGAAUUACGAAAACUAUCAAUUUUUAUGUAAAUCCAAAUAGUUAGCUGUCAAGAAUUUGAUAAUGAUAACAGUUUUCUGUGUAUUUUUGUGAUUUUUACAAUAAUUCAUAUCCAACAAUAUCGACUGUUUAAUUUGACUGAAAAAUCGCAUCUAAUUUUGACAUCAGAAAAUAAUGGACUUAGAAUCAACGAAAAAAGUACCAAUAGAAUACUAUAUCCUAUGUAUUAAUCUGCUGUUUCCGAUUCGAUGUUGAGUGUUGAAUUCAUAAGUCCCACAAAAUUGUUGAUAUGUGUAUAAAAGAAGUAACACCAAACGAUAAAUUAGAUCUAUGUCAGAUUACCGUAUUUUUUCGAUGAAUUUUUAUUGAAUUAUCUUUUGGCUCCUGCUUUCUGACUGUGUUUCAAAGAAUAUGCAUUUUCCAGGCAUGAUAUUUGGCCAAAGAAUUUUAUCUAAGAUUUUCAGAAUUUUCUAAUAUAAUUAUGAUCUCUGUUAUGAAUAUUAUUAUGUGUUCAAUAUGUAUUAUGUUGUGUUCUAUGUCAUUUUUGUUUUGAAUAAAAUUUUAGCUGAUAA